CAACACUCGCACGCACUCCGUUAGCAGCACCUCCUCUGACAGGACAAGCCCGGUACAGGCUUAUAUUUCUUUUGGAUAUCUCACGCAGAAGAGCACCAAAGAAACGCUCAAGGAAGAAAUAUUGGACACAAAGAAGAAAUAGAAGGAAUAUAAGAUCUGUCUUUCAUAAAUUCAUAAAUAUAUUCACAUUCUUUUUUUGGGAGUCCCAAUUCUGUCCACCUAUUCAAGUAGUGACUCAAGUCUUUGGGUGAAUGGGUUGCCAUGGUGACUGACACUGGCAGGCUGACCCCACAAGAAGCCUGGAUGUUGAAUGGAGAGAGAGCUGCAGUGACCAGCCAGCAAAAGUAAAAGGGAGUUAUCAGAGAACGGGCACAAAGGAGAGGGGAGGAAGAUAAUGGAGGACGGCUUCUCCAGCUACAGUAGUCUGUAUGACACCUCCUCACUGCUGCAGUUCUGCAAUGAUGACAGUGCCUCGGCAUCAAGCAGUAUGGAGGUGACGGACCGGAUUGCCUCCCUGGAGCAACGGGUUCAGAUGCAGGAGGAUGAAAUUCAGCUGCUCAAGUCGGCGCUGGCUGAUGUGGUAAGGAGACUGAACAUCUCAGAGGAGCAACAGGCCAUGCUCAACAGAAAAGGACCAACCAAAGCUAGACCCAUGAUUGCUGCCUUGCCGCUGAGGCCUACAGUCAAUAAUGGCACUGUCUUGCCCAAGAAGGGUGGCACACUACCAUCUCCAUUGGGCUCCAAGAAAGACAACAAUACACCAGCAACCAAGAGCACUGUGAAGAGAACAAGUUCAUCAGAGCAUGUCGGGCCCAACAACAGAAAAGAUAGUGGCACAGAUUCCAAAAAUAAUCGUACUCGCACCGGUUCCACAGGAAGCAGCUCCAGUGGCAAGAGAGCCUCAGAGAGCAAACAGAGGGAGCCUGUGUUCAGUGCAGGGAUGCGACGUGUGACACACUGCAAAGAUGAAGGGUAUGUAAAAAUGUAUUUGAAGGGACGACCCAUCACAAUGUACAUGUCCAAAGACCUGGUGGACACCUACAGCCUGGAAACAAAGGCUGACUUGCCUCCUAAAAAACUGAAGCUAGAUUGGGUCUAUGGUUAUCGGGGCCGUGACUGUCGAUCCAACCUCUACUUGCUCCCGACGGGUGAAACUGUUUACUUCAUCGCCUCUGUGGUUGUGCUGUAUAAUGUGGAUGAGCAACUACAGAGACACUACACUGGACAUACUGAUGAUAUCAAGUGCCUAACUGUCCAUCCUGAUAAAAUAACCAUAGCAACAGGACAAGUGGCAGGCACAUCCUCAGAUGGAAAACAGCUGGCCCCUCAUGUACGUAUAUGGGACUCUGUGAGUUUGAACACGUUGCAUGUCCUUGGAAACGGUUUCUUUGACAGAGCCCUGGUGUGCCUCUCCUUCUCCAAGUCGAAUGGUGGUAGCUGGUUGUCUGUUGUGGAUGACUCCAAUGACCACAUCCUCUCUGUAUGGGACUGGCAGAAGGAGGAAAGACUUGCUGAAGUUAAAUGCUCCAAUGAGUCUGUUUUCGCUGCUGAUUUCCACCCGACAGAUGCUAAUAUAAUUGUAACAUGUGGGAAGUCACACCUUUACUUCUGGUCAUUAGAGAAAGGGUCUCUUGUGAAGAAACAGGGUCUAUUUGAGAAACAAGAGAAGCCCAAGUUUGUAUUGUGUGUGACUUUUUCAGAAAAUGGCGACGCCAUCACUGGAGACUCAAGUGGAAAUAUACUUGUAUGGGGCAAAGGCUCUAAUCGUAUUAGCCGGGCCAUUCAAGGAGCCCAUGAUUUGAGCAUCUUUGCACUUUGCAUGUUGAGAAAUGGGACUCUGGUCUCCGGUGGGAAGGACCGUAAACUCAUUUCCUGGGAUGAAAAUUAUCAAAAGAUUCAAACAGUAGAGGUGCCUGAGUUAUUUGGCCCCAUUCGAACUGUUGCUGAAGGAAAGGGUGAGACGGUUCUUAUUGGGACUACCAAAAACUUUGUCCUGCAAGGCAGUCUGGAUGGGGAAUUCGUACCUAUUACACAGGGCCACACAGAUGAGUUAUGGGGUCUGACUGUACAUCCAAUGAAGCAGCAGUUCCUCACCUGCGGCCAUGACAAGCAUGUCUGCCUAUGGGACCCUGGCUCCCAUCAAUCCAUUUGGACCAAAACAUUGGAGGAUGCCGCUCAAUCGGCUGGAUUCCAUCCUUCUGGGGCAACGGUUGCUAUAGGAACACAGACAGGCAGGUGGCUUGUGCUUGAUACUGAAUCGAAGGAUCUAGUUACUAUGCACACGGAUGGGAACGAACAGCUGUCGGUUAUGCGCUUUUCUCCAGAUGGCAAUUUCCUUGCAAUUGGGUCACAUGACAACUACAUCUACAUUUAUGCUGCGGCUGAAAAUGGCAAAAAAUACAGCAGAGUUGGAAAGUGCUCAGGCCAUUCUAGUUUCAUCACGCAUCUGGACUGGUCUGUGGAUUCUCAGUACUUGGUAUCCAACUCAGGGGACUAUGAGAUCCUUUACUGGAUUCCCUCUGUUUGCAAGCAAGUAGUGAGUGUGGAGACCGCCCGUGACAUAGAAUGGGCCACUUUCACCUGUACUCUGGGCUUCCAAGUUUUCGGGCUGUGGCCAGAUGGCUCAGAUGGAACUGACAUCAACGCCGUGUGCACUUCUAAUGCAAAGAAACUGCUCGUCACUGGAGAUGACUUUGGAAAAGUUCACCUUUUCUCAUUCCCUUGCUCUCAGUCUCGAGCCCCAAGUCAUGUCUACGGUGGACACAGCAGCCAUGUCACCAAUGUUAACUUUUUAUUCGAUGACAGUCACUUAGUCUCUACCGGAGGGAAGGACAUGAGUGUCAUGCAGUGGCGUGUGGUGUAAAACAACAUCUGUCACACUAUUGUGUGUGUAUUCAUGUGGAAAACAUCAGAACUUUCUCUUUUUCUUGGAAGUCACUUGGCAAAACAUAAUUUGGGCCAUUGACUAAAGACUAAAGUGGUGAAAGGGAGAGAGAGAAGCUGUUUUUGUUGUAUUUGCCUUUAAUUGUUAUCUCAGGACACCAAUAUUUGAAAUUACUGUCUGUUGACUUUCUCACACGCUUUCCUUGGCUGUGAAAGAGAGAUAUCCUUGGAUGAGAUCCCAUCUCUCUAGCUUUGAAUUACAAACUAAGAAUCUGUUUUCUAGGGCAAAGUUAAACUUGAUGUCAAAGCACAUGAAGAAACUAAUUGGGAGUAAAUAAGACCAAUACCCAAAAGGCGCUGGCCAAUUCAUAACAUAAUUAACAACACUUAACAUAAUGUAAAAAACAAUAGCACCAAGUCUUAACAAUGGAAAACCAUAAUUUAUUAAGGAAUUACUCGCAUCACACUGACUGUAUUUCAAAAUUGCACGUUAACCAUCCAAUCUGCCGCCAUUAUCAUGCUUAUUUGUGUGCUUUUGCUCCCACCUUCUGGUAAUUUGAGGUACUGCAGCCACUCAAGGCUGAUGUCAUGUCGAUUGUAUUCAAGUUUCAUGUAUUUUAAAUGUGAUUAUCAGCCCUCAGAUUUGUUUUAAAUAAGAAGAACACGAGUCUGCGAAGGCAAGUGACUGUAUUUGGCCUUCAAAGGUUUUCACAAUUUGUAUAGUGGUCUUGCCAAAUAACUAAAGCCAUCAGUCUCUGUUUUAGUUUGAAUCCCCUGUCUGGCUUUAUUUGCGAAUGAAGUAGCUUAACUGACAGUCAAUUUAGAGCACAUUAACUUUAUAGUUAAGCUCCAUUUUCAUAAACUCUGAUUGAGAAACGAGACUGAACUGUUGUUACAGCCAAAUGACUGUUGUAAUAAAUAAAUAGCUAAGCAUGCACAAGAUUGUUUGUAACUCUCUAACCUAUUUUCCCAUAUCCAUUACCAGAUAUACAGCAUAGCAUGAACAUAAAAAAAAAAUAAAAAAUUAAAAAAAUAAU